UAUAAAUUUAAUUUUCUUUUUUUAGGUUAUUUCAUCAAAUAUUUUCGGGAAUACAAAAAUUAGUAAGACACUAUUUACCUUUCUGGAGCUUAUAGUCUAGGGGAAAAGGUAGUAUAUAUAAAAUGAUGAAAAUUAUAUGAAACAGUUUAUUGAAUACUCAUUGUGUGACAGGGAUAUGCUGAAUGCUUUACAUGUAUUAUUUCAUUUAUAUUACUCAUAAUAAUGCUACUAUUGUUCUGCUUAACAGAUAAGGAAUCUGAGCCCAAGUUGGAAACUAUUUACCUAAUAAGGAAUAAAGAAGGUGAACCAAAAAGGGAAAAAGAGAUUAUAGACAGAAAAUGUCAGGCAACAAAGAAAGGAAGAGUGAUAGUGAUGAAGUUCUUAAUGAAGCAAGACACAUCUUCUUUAACUGAUGCUCUAGAGCAAGUUGCAAAGCAACAACAAUCACAAACAUCAGAAAUAGAAAAAAACAAAAAGGCUGUGUUCCAUUUACAGAAUGAACUUCAUGAACUUGAAAAGCACAUAGCAGCAAUCUGUGCCGAAACUAAAGAAACAGAGAGGCAAAUUUAUCAGCAAGAUACUGCCAUUGAGAAUUCCAAACUUCAAUGUGAAAACCUGGAAAUUCAAAUCAAGACCUUAUAUACAGAAAAUAUAAAGCUUAAAUUUGAUAUAGCAACAGCUCAAGAAAAUUUUGGUGAACAGAUGAAAAGAUAUAAUGCAUAUUAUGAAAAAAUAAAGACUCAUAAAGAUAGUCUGGGGGAAAUAGAAAGAAAAUGGUCAUUUAUGACUGAACUUUAUGAAAAAAGAGAUCUCAUUAAAACACUAAAGACAAUGAAAGAGGAGCUUAGGCAAGGCCUCCAAAAUCCAGGCGGAAACAGAAUAACACAAACACAGGAAGAUAUUUCAAAGCUAAAGAAUACAAUUGUAACUGUAAAAGAAUCUAUCAGUGAGACAACUUGUUUUCUUGAAGAAGAAAAAAAGACACAUGAAAAGUUAAGAAAAGAAAUAGAGGUACAGCAUAAGAGAUAUGAUGCAAUUCUGAAGCGUUUGCAUUGUCAGGUAAAUAAGCUGCAGUCAAAUAGAAGACAAUGGCAAUGGAACAUUCAACAACUGGAAAAAACUGCAGUUGAACUAAGAAAAUCCAUAGGAAUGAAAGAUUAACAUUGCCAUGGGCAAUGUGGAACAGAGACCAUGCCAACCAAAAUUAUGGGACAGAAUAUUAAGAAAAUCUUUCUUAACAAUAAGCAACCACUGUCAAAGGCCUGUCUGUAUUAAUGACAGAUAUAUUUUCUCUUUUAAAAAUCAGUUAUCUAUGGGCUAAAGUAUUUUUCCAACCUUAUAAUAACAGCACUAGAUAGACAAUAGCAAUCCUUACAGGAGAAUAGUGGAAGAAUCUUUGAAUAUUUCCAGUGUGUAGGCUAUAUUAUAUUCAGAAUACCCAUUUAUAACCAUACUGUAUUCACUACUCUACAAAGUAAAAAUUUAGAAGAAAAUAAACAAUUGAAUUUUUAAUGAUUUAAAUUGAGAUAUUAAAAACUGUUGUCUGUUUGAAACAUUUUAUUAGAUCUUGCUUUUUUAUAACUG